UAGCGCCUAAUAGCGGCGAUUCGGAAGACGCAGAGUGAGUCAAAACUAAAACCUCCGUGGAAACAUAAAUUGUCUCCUUUGCAACGUGAAGCAUAUGUUCUCUUACGCGCGUCGCGACUCGGCGCAUGUGUCGCUAUCACGUGGACAGUCUUGAUCGCCCAAAAUGUAGCCUUUAGAAAUUACAAACUCAAGAAUUGCCAAACAGGGACAAGUUCUUUUCAACAAGGAAAAACCUAGCAAGAUCACGCGUCUAUCUUAUAAUAAAAAGAUCUGUCAAGAUUGAAUAAAACAUUUGACCUACGUCACCGAGGAGUUACAGUUAAAGAAAAGCAGCCUUGUAGGAGUUUUAUACCUGAGGACUAGUGAGCACAGUGGACACGAAGAUAACAACAGUGCCGACCAUAAUCGACAUCCGCGACAUCGAUAAAUAUAUUUUUAUCAUUUUCAGCAUACCUUUUCACGGCGGUAAUUGAAAGGAAACAACAUAUCACUACUUAGUCUUAUAUACACAGUACAUGGCAAAUCGCGCAGAUGCGCGUUGCGUACUCUAAUUCUGAUUUAUUUUUCAAUUUGCAUUAUUUAAAUAUAUACCAUUUUUUAAAGAUGAUGAUAGUUCUCGUUCCAGCUAUUCCCUGGCUAUUUCUCCGGCACGUAGACUUCAGCAUCGCCACUAUCGGUGGAACGUUACACGCCACUGGAUCAGCAAUAUGAGCAAUUGCGUCGGAGUACUUUCCAAUAUCCCUAGAUUAUCUUAUCAUCUUAGGAUGGUCCUACCUAAUCUGACAACUUCUGACAUUUUACCAGGAAGGAAUGAUACUAUUAUUGAAUUAAGUAAUGCUGAAGUCAUUGUAGCUGAUUUUGAUCUUCUAAUUCCAUACGUGGAUCAUUUACCAAAAACAAAUUGGAUCCAAGGCACGUGGGCAGGAGCGGAUAAAUUAUUACCGCAUCUUUAUGGAAAGGAUGUCAAUUAUAGAAUUACACGUUUUUCCGGUAUAAAUUUCGGCAUGGCCAUGUCAGAAUAUGUCAUAUCUCAGAUAGUUAAUUAUGAACGAGAUCAGAAACGUCAAUACGAGAAUCAGAAAUCAGCUGCUUGGAUUGACGAUCAUAAAAUAUCCAAACACCGUUUAAUCAUGGAUCUGACCGUCGGAAUAUUGGGUGUAGGAACUAUUGGCAAGUCCAUUGCAAAAACAUUGAAAGGCUUUGGUGCUACUAUAUGGGGUAUGAACAGAAUGAUUCCGAAAGAAAAGUUAGACUUUAUCGAUGAGCUCAGAACUACGAAUUCUUUAAAUGAAAUACUGGAAAAUUGCGAUUAUAUUAUUAAUAUUCUUCCAUCCACUGAAGAAAGCAAGGGCCUGUUAAGUGGAAAUGUACUCGAAGCUUGCAAGAAUAAAGAUACUAUUUUUAUUAAUAUUGGUAGAGGAUCUAUUAUAAACGAAAAAGACCUUGUGAAUGCAUUGGAACAAAAAUGGCUGUCGGCAGCCAUUUUAGAUGUAUUUGAGAAUGAACCACUACCAAAAUCUAGUAAGCUGUGGAGCAUGCCGCAGGUAAAUUCGGAUAUGGUGACAAUUUCUCCACACGUGUCAGGAGUAACGCGACCUCAAGAUGUAGCAAAACUAUUCGCUGAAAAUUAUGCCAGAUACGUAAAAGGAGAAGAACUCUUGAAUAUCUUGGAUAUCAAUCGUGGAUAUUAAAAUAUCAAAUUGAAUUCCGUUGUUAACAGUGAUAAUUAUUAAUGGACACUGUAAUACAUGUUUAUUAAUGUACUCAAAUUUUUAGCGUACAAAUUCUAUACGUAUGUUAUAUGUAAAAAAAAGAUUUUCAUUGAAUAUAAUUUUAGAACAUU